UGUGUAACCUAUAUAAUAUUUAUAAAGUGUCUUCUUAAAUGCUCUUAUCAACCUUUUAUGAACGCUAGUGUAGAUUGUGUGACCUAUUUAUAGACUUGUCAUUUGUAUACACUAUUCAACUUUGUACUUUGAUAAUCUGGUAUAACACACAUACAUUUAAAAGGUAAUAUUGUGUAGCCUUUGUAUCAAGGUAUAUAUUGAUUAUUAAGACAGACGUGAAAUAACGACACGAAAAUGUCGCUGAAGGAAAAUGAAGUAAUACGAAGAGCAACGAUUGAGGAUUACGAUGCAGUCAUCUCAAUUUUACCCGGGAAAGACUAUGAUGGUGAUUAUCUGCCGGAUUACUUUCACAUGUUAAUGAGAAAUCCGUGCUAUAAAGCUUAUGUGUACAUCCUGGAUGGCAAAAUAGCGGGCUUUCAGGGUCUUUACCUGGUAGACGGUGGAAUAACUGGGGUACUGAGAAGUGGUCGUGUACGAAAAGACACACGAGGCAAAGGUGUAGUGGGCAAAUUUGGAGGAUUCAUUAUGGAACACAAUCCAAGCUUGACACAUGUUGUAUUUGCUACUGGCACAAAUGUACCAACUAUAUAUCAGAAUAUAAGAAAAGGAAUAUAUCGAUUUGUUGCAAAAAGGGUUUGUUUGUAUUACCAAGCUAAUAAAUAUUCAUUAACAGAACCUUUACCUGAGAUGGAAACACUUGAAAAAACUAAAGUUCUGAAUCAAAAUGAUUUAAUACAAAUCAUAAAACAGCAAAACUUGUAUUCACAGAUAUUUAAAGAUAACCGAAUUAUUAUAGACACUGUUCCAUACCGACUUAUGGAAUCGAACAUUCCGAUGAUACUCAUGGAAAGAACAAAAGCUGUCGCAUCAUACCUCGACGACAAUAAGAAAAGUAUUGUAACCUUCGUAAGUUAUUUCAAGCUUAGCAAUGGUGAAAUAUUUUGUAAUUUGGAUAUCUAUGGAGAUGUAGGAAAGGCAUUGGCCCACCAUAUUUACAUUCAUAUUCAAAAUUUUGUUGAGCACAUUAAGGAUAUUUUCACGAUUGAAGUUCGCUGUCACGAAUCAUCGCCAACUAUUGAUUCGGCAAUGAUAGAAAAUGGACUCAUAUUGGCCCCAGUUGGUAAAUUUGUCCGAAAAGAACUUGUAUGCGUUGAAAAUUCAUUUUACCCAAAUGCUGGACAAUCCAGAUUGUGAAUAGUUUCAAACAACUGAUUAUUCGAUGCUCAUUUUUUUUUUAGCUAAAUGCUAUUCUAAUACUUUGACAAACAUAAUUAAUCUUUCUUAGCUCAUGGUAGGUAAUGCUGUUCUGCCAAAGAAUUGUCUGUGUUGGUGAGUUGGUAUUUAUCGGUACUGACGAUUGUUAAACAUAUGUAAAUAAAGAUGAAAAUGAU